AUGAGUGCCCCUCUCACCUCUCACCUUGUUGUUGUCAAAUGGAUACUUAGGUACAUCAAGGGCACUAUUGACCUCAGCCUCACCUUCACUCCUCAAACUGCCGCCGCUCGCCUCUCCGCUUACUCUGAUGCGGAUUGGUCUGGGUGCCCUAAUUCUUGUCGGUCGACCACUGGAUAUGUGAUUACUCUUGGAACUAACCUCAUCUCAUGGUGUUCUAGUACGGAGUCGGAAUAUAGUGCCCUAUCUCAUGCUUGUGCUGAAACCACUUGGCUGUGA